GACAAGGCAGAACAGAGCAUCCUCGUGCCCUUGGACACCAUCGCCCGCCACUCGAGAGCGCUAUAGGCUCUAGCUAGUGGUGGUGACAAUGGCGGCGGCGAAGUUGGUGUUGGCGAUGCUCGUGGUGGCGGUUGGCGUCGCGGCGGGGGAGGGCGGCGGGAAGCUCCGGCAGGGGUACUACGAGCAGAGCUGCCCGCGGGCGGAGCAGAUCGUGAAGCACUACGUGGAGCGGCACGUCCCGCACGCGCCCUCCGUCGCCGCCACCCUCAUCCGCACCCACUUCCACGACUGCUUCGUCAGGGGAUGCGACGCGUCGGUGCUGCUGAACGCGACGACCGGCGGCGGGGAGGCCGAGAAGGACGCGACGCCCAACCUGACGCUGCGCGGCUUCGCCUUCCUGGACCGCGUCAAGGCGCUGGUCGAGCAGGAGUGCCCCGGCGUCGUCUCCUGCGCCGACAUCCUCGCGCUCGCGUCCCGCGACGCCGUCGGCGUCAUCGGCGGGCCGUUCUGGCGCGUGCCGACGGGGCGGCGCGACGGCAGGGUGUCGAUCAAGCAGGAGGCGCUGGACCAGAUCCCGGCGCCCACCAUGAACUUCACCGACCUCCUCACCUCCUUCCGCGCCAAGGGCCUCGACGUCGCCGACCUCGUCUGGCUCUCAGGGGCACACACCAUCGGCAUCUCGCACUGCAACUCCUUCACCGAGCGGCUAUACAACUUCACCGGCCGCGGAGGACCCGGGGACGCCGACCCAUCUCUUGAUGCGGAGUAUGCUGCCAACCUCCGCCGGACCAAGUGCACCACACCCACGGACAACACCACCAUCGUGGAGAUGGACCCUGGGAGCUUCCUCACCUUUGACACUAGCUACUACCGCGGCCUCCUCAAGCGCCGGGGACUCUUCCAGUCCGACGCUGCGCUCAUCACCGACGCAGCGGCGAGGGCCGACGUCGAGAGCGUGGCCAAGGGUCCCUCGGAGGUGUUCUUCCAGGUGUUCGCACGGUCCAUGAUGAGGAUGGGCAUGAUAGAAGUGAAGACCGGUGGCGAGGGGGAGAUCAGACAGCAUUGUGCCGUUGUCAACAGCUAGUGGCGUGCGUCCUUGGUGGCACAUGGACGACUGUGUUUGUAUGUUUAGUUGCAUUUUAUUUUAUUUUUCCUUUUUGUGUAUGGUUUUUGUUUAUUCUCUCUUUGUAAGGUGGUUUUCUAGUUCUUGUCCAGGUGAUAUAUGUCUUGUUUCUCUUUUGAUGAAAGUAAACAAAUAAACAAGGAACACGUGUUACUAAAGCACGAAAGAGUAUGUCACAA